AUGUCUGUAAAUGACGGUACAGUGGAGAAGGAAGAUAUACCUCUCCAACAAAAGCCCAACCAUCCCGUUUCUCAAACUACACAGGUUAAGAAAGAAAUCAAAAACGAAAAACCUCCAGUUAAUAGCGACGAAGAAGAAGAAGAAGAAGAAGAUAUCGAUGCUUUAAUCGAUGAAUUACAAUCAGAUAAUGAAGGUCAGUAUGAUGAAGAAGCAGAAGAAAAUGAACGUGUAGCAGCAGGUGAGGCAAGACCAAUCCCUGAAGCCAUGUUACAAACAAAUCCUGAAAUCGGUCUAACUAGUGAUGAAGUUUUGAAAAGAAGGAAGAAAUAUGGUCUUAAUCAAAUGAGUGAAGAAUCUGAAAAUUUAAUUGUCAAAUUCUUGAUGUUUUUCGUGGGUCCAAUUCAAUUCGUCAUGGAAGCUGCCGCUAUAUUGGCUGCCGGUUUGUCUGAUUGGGUCGAUUUCGGGGUUAUCUGUGGGUUGUUAUUGUUAAAUGCAUCUGUUGGAUUCAUUCAAGAAUUCCAAGCAGGUUCUAUUGUUGCUGAAUUAAAGAAAACUUUGGCAAAUACAGCUACUGUAAUUAGAGACGGUAAUUUAGUAGAGAUUCCUGCAAAUGAAGUUGUCCCCGGUGAUAUUUUACAAUUGGAUGAUGGUACAAUUAUUCCUGCAGAUGGACGUAUUGUAACUGAAGAUACUUUUGUUCAAAUUGACCAAUCUGCUAUCACUGGUGAAUCAUUGGCUGUUGAUAAACAUUAUGGUGAUCAAACAUUUUCUUCUUCUACAGUUAAGAGAGGUAAUGCCUUUAUGAUUGUUGUUGCUACUGGUGAUAAUACAUUCGUUGGGAGAGCCGCUUCCCUAGUUAACAAAGCUUCUGGUGGACAAGGUCAUUUCACUGAAGUAUUAAAUGGGAUCGGUAUUAUAUUACUAGUCCUAGUCAUUAUUACAUUAUUAGUGGUUUGGACAGCGUCAUUCUACAGAACAGAUGGUAUUGUUACAAUACUAAGAUUCACUUUAGGUAUCACAAUUGUUGGUGUUCCAGUUGGUUUGCCUGCAGUGGUGACCACAACUAUGGCAGUUGGUGCUGCGUAUUUAGCCAAGAAACAAGCCAUUGUUCAGAAAUUAUCCGCAAUUGAAUCCCUAGCAGGUGUCGAAAUCCUUUGUUCAGAUAAAACAGGGACUUUAACUAAAAAUAAACUAUCAUUACAUGAACCAUAUACUGUUGAAGGUGUUUCUGCUAGUGAUUUGAUGUUGACAGCAUGUCUUGCUGCAUCAAGAAAGAAAAAAGGGUUGGAUGCUAUUGAUAAAGCUUUUUUGAAAUCAUUGGCAGAUUACCCAGAAGCUAAGAACGCUUUAUCAAAAUAUAAAGUAUUAGAAUUUUAUCCGUUUGAUCCUGUGUCAAAGAAAGUCACUGCUGUCGUUGAAACAGAGGAAGGUGAGACUAUCGUGUGUGUUAAAGGUGCACCAUUAUUUGUAUUGAAAACAGUGGAACAAGAUCAUCCAAUUCCUGAAGAAAUUCAUGAGAAUUAUGAAAACAAAGUAGCAGAAUUAGCAUCAAGAGGAUUCCGUGCAUUGGGAGUGGCAAGAAAAAGGGGUGAAGGUCAUUGGGAAAUCAUGGGUGUUAUGCCAUGUAUGGAUCCUCCAAGAAAUGAUACAGCUCAAACAGUUGCAGAAGCAAGAACUUUAGGAUUAAGAGUUAAGAUGCUUACUGGUGAUGCCGUGGGUAUUGCCAAAGAAACUUGUAGACAAUUAGGAUUAGGUACAAACAUUUAUAAUGCUGAAAAAUUAGGUUUAGGUGAUGGUGGUGACAUGCCAGGUUCAGAAUUGGCAGAUUUCGUAGAAAACGCAGAUGGUUUCGCAGAAGUUUUCCCUCAACAUAAGUAUAGAGUUGUCGAAAUUUUGCAAAAUAGAGGUUACUUAGUGGCAAUGACAGGUGAUGGUGUUAAUGAUGCACCAUCUUUAAAGAAGGCAGAUACUGGUAUUGCCGUUGAAGGUGCUACUGAUGCGGCAAGAUCAGCUGCAGAUAUCGUAUUUUUGGCUCCUGGUUUAUCUGCUAUUAUUGACGCUUUAAAGACUUCAAGACAAAUUUUCCACAGAAUGUACGCAUACGUGGUUUAUCGUAUUGCAUUAUCCAUCCAUUUAGAAAUCUUUUUCGGUUUAUGGAUUGCCAUUUUGAAUAGAUUUUUAACUAUUGAAUUGAUUGUUUUCAUAGCCAUUUUCGCAGAUGUGGCAACUUUAGCUAUUGCUUACGAUAAUGCACCAUUUUCACAGAGUCCUGUCAAAUGGAACUUACCAAGAUUAUGGGGUAUGUCUGUCGUUCUCGGUAUCAUUUUAGCUAUUGGAUCUUGGAUUUCAUUGACUACGAUGUUCUUACCAAGAGGUGGUAUUAUUCAAAAUUUUGGUUCCAUUGAUGGUGUUAUGUUUUUAGAAAUAUCAUUGACUGAAAAUUGGUUAAUUUUCAUUACAAGAGCAGUAGGUCCAUUUUGGUCUUCGAUUCCAUCAUGGCAAUUAGCUGGAGCUGUCUUUGCAGUUGAUAUUAUAGCUACAAUGUUUGCAUUAUUUGGUUGGUGGUCUCAGAAUUGGAAUGAUAUUGUUACGAUUGUUCGAGUUUGGGUUUGGUCGUUAGGUGUCUUUUGUGUGUUGGGAGGAGCCUACUAUCUAAUGUCAACAUCAGUCAUGUUCGAUAGAUUGAUGAAUAGAAAACCAUUGCACGAAGUUCCUAAAUCAAAGAGAUCGAUCGAAGAUUUCUUAUCUGCAAUGCAAAGAGUAUCCACUCAACACGAAAAAGAGGUAUAG